AUGGUUACUGACCGUCCUGGACCUCCUGGUAGGCCUUCUGUGCAGGACCAAAACGUGGAUUCGGUGCGGUUGCUGUGGUCGGCUCCAACUCAAGAUGGCGGCUCACCCAUCCGUUACUAUACAGUGGAGAAGUGCACGGCUUCUGCAAAAGUGUGGACGAAGGUCGAAACGACGAAGCAGCCAUUUGUCACCCUGUUCGACCUCAGCCCUGACGAGGCCUAUCUAUUUCGCGUCAGGGCCAGCAAUGCAUUCGGACAAUCGGAACCGUCAGAAGAAUCGGACAUUGUUUACGUGAAGGUGAAUGCUAAGCCCAAACAAGACUCGAGGUGA